AUGACUUCUUUCCUAAAGGACUUUCAGAUCCUAAAGAGGAAUGGCGCAGACAGCAGCAAGUCCAGGCCUGAGGACCAGCAGCAGCAGCAGGAUAUCUGCGAGGCCCACUUCUCGGGCUACCAGCCGUCCACUUCUGCCCCGGACCCGGACAACCAGGGGACAUCGCAGCUCCUGCCGCUGCUGGUUAAACCUCCCGCAGCGUCUGCUGACACCAGCAAGAAGGCCCAGGCGCUGGUGCUCCCCGAACUGGUGCAGCAUCAGCAGUUGGUGACAAAUAGGACAGAAGAGAAGUACCUGCAUCAAACUCCGGCCGAGAUGGCAAAGGAUCCGGUCGUGUUGCCAAGGCUGUUGACAAAGGAGAAGAUGAAGGAAGGCGGCAGCGUUCCUGUGAAGAGCACCAUGCGUGUAUAUCCAGAACUUUCUUAUGAACAAUUCAGAUUUCUAUGGAAGAAGAAGAUGCUGAGAGGGAGAACUCUCAAAGAACCUCUGGAGAUGAUGGAUGACAGGAAAGUUCUAGACACCAUCCUGGCUUAUCUCUACCGGUCUCUCCAGCGGCCUCCUGCUGCAGGUACCAAACAAAUUAGGAGAAAAUCAUCAGCGCUGAUGAGUGACGCAGCUAAUGGGCAGCAAAAGCUAGCUAGCCAGGACAAGGGAAUCGCGGAAGCCAUUGGCUUGGUUGCGUUUUGCCACCUGGCUGAGACCCUGGAUGUGCUGAGAGAGUAUGGUUACAUGAUAUCAGGAAGGAGAUCUAUGCUAUCAGAUACACCUGAGUCAAGGAAUAUCUCCGAGAGGCAGAUUCGAACCACCUUAAUUUUGUGCUAUGGACAAGCAGCCUUGGGGGCAAAACCGGAGGAGAUGCUGAAAUUGGUAGAGUUCAUUGUGUCGGAGAUCCUUUUUCUGUUCCGUGGUGGAAACAAGGAUGAGGCAAUGAAGAAAGUCUUCAUGAGAUCUGUUAUUAUGAUCAGCAACGCACUUCUGUGCACCAAGAAAGAAGACGCCCAUAUCCCCCAUAAAUCUGAACUCGCCAUAUGCAUUACAAGAGUUAUUGAAGAAGAGCCGCUGGGAUCAUUCUCCAUUAAUGUCUUCCAUCAGGCCAUGAAAACAGUCACUUGCAUGACUUCCUUGAGGCCGUCACUGGACAAAAGCGUCAAGAAGGUGUUCUCUCUGCCCGCCUUGAAGAUGACGAAGCUGAGAGCCGGCAGUCCGACGCAUCUGGUCCAAUCGCAGAUGACGCCAGAAUUCUUCCUGCUUGGACAGCUGGUGUCGCUACUGGCCCUUCACAUUGCUGACCCCAUGGAGAUUGCGCAGGCCUCAGCGGAGGCAAUUUACUAUCUCCACGACAUCAUCGUAAGCAAAAUGGCCAAGGAUAUGGAGAAGAAACCCAAGAAUAAGAAAGGGAAUGUUGUGAAAUGGCUCCGAGAAGAUUUUUCAAUUUCCGGCCCCAUGACCUUUUACAACGACAUCUCUAAAGUGGCAAAGGCAUUUGGUGAACAUCUCUCCAACGCUCAUAUCACAGAGAUUGUGCUCAAAGCGAUAGACAAUCUCACAAACGAAGAGAAAGGUUUUUCUCAGGCUGCAGGAGUGCUGCUGAGCUCCUUCCUGGAGGAAUGUGGAACGGACAUGGAGGAUAUGACCAGUGUAGUGGAGAUGUGGAAGGCGUUGGUCCGCGACCCGUAUUCCAACGUCAAACUGAAAAAAGCUCUGCUCAAAAGGCUGCAGGACCAAGACCCGGUUUCCGAUGUCACUUACAGGCGGCACAGCAAGUCUUAG